UAUAGUUUAAAAGGUGCCCUGUCACUGAAAUCACAUUACAUCACCUCACUGAAAAUAGAUAUGCCUUGUUCAUUCAACUCUGUGCUGAUUUCUAAUGAGGAGGUGAACUCUAUUGAUGAAAGUCUCUCUAGAAUUUCUGGUCGAAUAGUAGGGAGUAACAUCUCUCUUCAUUUUCUAGGAGGAGCUCUUGGUGGACUGCUUGGUGCCUGGAUGACCAGUGGACACUUCAAGCCAGUCCCUCAGAUUUUAAUGGAGUUGCCUCCUGCGGAGCAGCAGAAACUCUGCAAUGAAGCCAUCGCAAUAGUCAGGAACAUAGACUGGAUUGAUGUUUUUCAGCUGACUGUACUUGUAAUGGGAAGUGGUGACCUUAAGUUUCUGCUGGCAAAAGCAGUGGAAAGGUUCUUAGUCAGAGAGCUAAAUGCACAGAUAAAGUAUGAAGAAUAAACCUUUUUGGGCCUGGUUUCUAGAUUUUGUUGAAUUUUACUUUGACAACUGUGAUUCUCUGAUGUAACAAUUAUUUGGAUUAGGAUUGUCAUUGUAGCUUUCAUUUCUCAGCUGAUUCUGAAUAUUCUGUUUUCAUUUUAAAAAAAUCCUAAAAAGCA